AUGUUUCUGACCAUCUUUGCGUUGCUACUUGGCAUAUUCCAUGUUGGCGGAUCGGCGGUUGUUAACUUCCCGAACUCCUCCUCCGGAGACACGCUACGGGCAUGGAAUACCUUGGUGAAAUUAGUGGAUGAUCGAAACAUUCUGCAGCAGCUGUACUUUGAAAUCGCAGGAGUCGGGGAUGAAUUAUAUGAAUUUGAUGCAAUUGAUGACCCUGCUCAGAUGUCGAGCCGCAUAGUGAACAUUUUGCGAGAUUAUAAUCCUGAUACGGCUGAUCUAUUCCCUUUGCAUUUUGCAACAGAGCCAGGGUUCAGUAAAAACAUAUCAAACGAGAACUUCUUCAUACUUAACCACAAAGUUUUCCGCUCGCCGGAUGAUCUAUUUUACCUCAAGAGUUCUGACCUUGCAGCUCAAAGAUUGAUUUUUGAUAGUGUAGUUUCAAGCCCUGAGGAAGUCAUCCUCGGAAGCAAUGAAAAGGCUCCACUAGUUCAAUUCUACGGAUGUGAUCGUGUUUCAAGUUGGGAGUCAUUUAAUAGAAACUUGCUCACAGAGUGUCAGGCUGGUAAAAUAAGGUUUUUGUGGAGAAGUACAUGUCCAAACGACCAAUCCUUCAAGUUCGAACCUUCAGCCGUGGCGCUAACAGUGAAGAAGUCACAAUGGGGCAAGCUUGUUGACUUACCUUUGGAUUUACCCGAUGCUUUCAAAAACGGGGAAAACUAUGCACAGAAAGUCAGUGAUGCGCAAUUGAGGGACCUUGACAAAAAGGUGUCUACUACAAUAUGUGAUCUUUACGAAAAGACCCAGGAUUUUUCAGAGACCUUCAACUACAUGAAACAAGUGAUUAACAACUUUCCCGCGCUUGCCCACAAAUUGGCAAAUAUUCAAGUCUCAGACUCGAAGCUCGUCCAAGCCGUGGACAAAACAGAGAAGAAUGGUAUCGAUCAUACUAUGCUCGGUAUUUACAUCAAUGGCCAGUAUCACAAAUUGUCGAACUUGGACAAAAUUUCUAUUCUUCAAGCUGUAACGGCAGAAGCGACACGUAUCGAUUUGAUAAGAAAGCUUCUGCAGAUCUAUGAAGGUUCAGACGAUGAACAAUCCACAAUCCUAGCCAAGGAGCUCGUGCAGAAAUUUUCUGCACACUCGCAGAGCACUCUUCAAAACUCGCAGCCAGCCAAAUACGAUUUACAUCGUGUAGCGGGCUUUUCAGAAAGCGUCAUCUACUUCAAUGACAUCGAGAAUGAUGCAAUCUACAAGGAAAAGUUGAAUGACAACAUCGCUGAGUUUUUCAAAAAGUCGGAAUUUGGCCACAUACCAGCUUAUAGGGAAAACUGGAACGAGGUUAUCUUUGUCAUAAACUUAUCCGAACUCGAGUCAAAGGACACAGUGGAAGCCUUACAGGGAUUGGUCAGAGCGAUUUCUGUUGUCGAAAACGGACAUCCUCAGAGGAUUGGUUUCCUUCCCAUGGUGACCAAAUCUCAGGACAUGGGUAUACUUCGUAGGAUAUACGAGCUGAAAAGCGGAAAUUUGAAAGACCUCGCCAAGUACCUACAAGAAUUGUCUGUUGGAAGUGGGCUAAAAUCUAGCGAGUUUGAAAACAUACCACCAGUAUUGGAUAUUCUGGAAUCUAAGCUUAAGCUGAAAAAUUCCUCCAUCAUUGUCAAUGGCGAAGUGUAUCCCUUCAAAAGCAACCUAUGGAAUUACAUGAUUGCCAAAGUGAUAAAGAAAGAUGUCUCCUACAUCAAGGAUGAAUUGCGCCGUAUCAAUGCUGCUGAUGUUCUCACCGCCAGAGAAAUUCUGCAUAGAAGAUCCUUCACAGAAAGAAAUUUGAAGCUUGCGCCAGACUAUUUCGAAGAUGCAACAUACUACGUUACCAAUGUAACAGCUUUAAAAUUAUUGGGAACAAGAUUGGUAGAGUUUACCAAGAGCACGGAUCAUAAUAUGCUGCACACUAUCACGAUUGUUGAUGACUUCGAUACCCCGCUAGGGCUCAAAAGACUUUUGAACGCCACGAAGAUAGGUCUUCUUGGAGUAAGGAUAAGAGCCAUUCACACCGGUGCGGAAUCAAAACAAUGGCUUAAAAUGCGGGUCUUACUAGAAAAAUUGUCCUUCAACAAUAUCGAGAAAAUUCUUUCAAACAUGAAGACUAAAGCAUCGGCCAAUCUUAUUGAACACUCCAUUUUGAAUUUAUGGAUAUUCGAGCUGCCUAGUGAGAAUUCUGUCAGGAAAUCCUUCAUGACCAUCAAUGGAAGAUUUGUACAAUUCGAAGACAAUGAAGUGCUUUCCCCUAAUGAAUAUGAAAUGAUUCUACAGCGCGAGGCCUUGCGUGUCCUUGAUGCCACUCAGGCUCUUCAAGAUAUUUUACCUCACUUUGUGAGCAAUAGCAUAAAUCCUGAUUUGAUUGAGAUGCUAUCCAGCGUUUUGACUAAAAUGUUCUACGAUGGACAGCGUUUUUACAAUAACGGCAUUGACUACACCGCUGAGGGCUCACUGUCACGCGUUAAUUUGGAGGAGUUCGUGAAUUUCAACGCGUACAAUUCCUUUCAAUUGUAUUCGGACAUCAGAAAAGUUGACAUUACAUUAAUCGUUGAUCCUUUGGAAGAAAGGACGCAAAAGCUUUUAACACUUGUCUCCGAACUUAUGGACUUGAAAUUUGUGAACAUUCGUUUACACCUUUUGCCAACGAAUGACUUGAAAGUAUUUCCGAUUCAUAGGUUCUGGCUUGAAAAUAGCAAAGUGCGCCCGGAAAUGGAAGAGUUGGACGGUUAUUAUGUUGACGUUGAGCGUCCGUUCCAUUGGCACAUUGGCCCGCUAACUAGAGCCAGUGCGGAGUUCGAAUAUGCCAUUCUAGAAAUCAACGCAUUUGGUGAUUCAGAAGUCCCCUCAAAGGGUCUCGUUGAGGGAGUAGGGAACGUUUGUCUUCAGCUGGUUAAUGAACAUAAUGAAGUGGUUGAUAAAACAUUUACGUCAACUACGUUUGGAUAUGGCCAGCUGAGACUUUACAGUCUAGAACGGCAUUAUCGAAUCGAAAGUUGUUCCGAGGACUUUAGAGUGACUUCAUUUUCGCUCGACGCUCACUCAAAUUACGCGCCUAUCGAGUCGUUUGACUUGGCAAGCUUUUCCCCGAUGCGCGCAUACGUCAAGAUACGAAAAGAGAGUAGUUCUCUACCUGUAGAAAGUUUUGACCCUCGAAAGAGUUCGGUUGACAUAUUCUCAAUUGCUGAAGAUCGCAAUCAGGAAGACGAACUUAAGGGCUUGAUCGCUAGCAUUCUAAAAUCGAAUCUGGAAAAUGGCAUUAAAAUGUGGAUAUUGAUGGGGGAGUCUCCUUCGACAGGCUUGCUUCAAUUUCUGAGUAAAGUGUCCACGAAUUAUGAAAAUCGUAUCCAAUUUGAGCUUUUAAAGUACGAUUGGCCGCGUUGGUUAAGACCACAACGUUUCAGAGAAGACGAAGUUGCGGCCUUGAAGGUCUUGAUGCUGGAUUACAUUUUUCCUGAUGAGGUCGAUAAACUCAUUUACCUGGAACCUGGAGCCAGAAUUGAAGAUCUCAAGGCCUUAUGGAAGUUCCAAUUUGACACAGCCUUCUGCUUACCUCGUGCGUAUUAUUCUAAUGGUAGACCAUACUGGAAAGAGGGCUAUUGGCAAGAUUUUUUGAGCAAACACAAUCUUAAAUUUCAUGCGAUAGAUCCAGCCUUCAUCGUUAACUUGACCAAAUACAGAAACGAACAUGUUGGUGAAAAGUUUCGGAUUCAUUACCAACGCCUCUCUGCUGGUAUCAAUUUUUUGGCGAGAAUAGACCAGGACUUGAUAAAUGAUAUGCAGUUGAAGGUUCCAUUAUCGACAUUGAGAAAGAGCCUAGUUGCACAGAAUGCUUUCAAACGCGACGGGGACAAAGAGAACCUUGAGGUGCUGUACAAGGAAUUUUCACAAGAGAGUGAAGCUGCGCGGGCGAACCAGAACGAUUUUGAUCACGAUGAGCUGUAA